GGCAGCCGGGCGAAACCCACUUCACGGAAUUUCUAUGAUCGGAGCGGCGCUUUGUCUCCGCGAGAGAAAAUUUACUCAACUUGCAGCCAAAACCUUUGGACCGGAGAAGGAAGGGAAUCUGGAGAUCACUGAUCAGACUCGGCAUGCGCGGGAUUCCGGGCCGAGUCACUUCUGAUGCGACCUUCACCGAGGCUGAGGGCGUUUGUGCAGCCUAGACUCUGCUCGCUGCCGGCACGGACUCAGCGGCUCUUCUCAACUUCCAAUCUCGCUCGAAAUGCUGCAACACUCCAGCAGACGACAGUCGCAAAAGAGACCCGGGACAUUGAUGAGAUUGACAAGCUUCUGGCGUCCAUACGGAUGAAGGCGAACCCGGCGUACAAUUCCAUCAUGCCGAUGCGCGUCCCCGCACUUUGGGCCGAGUCCGUUCUGCACGCGGAAGACCACACAGCGUCAGCAACCCGCCCCAAGCGCAACGAUUCACUUGUGCCUCGACGUAUGCACGACUCCUAUUGUGAACUGGUGCUCCCCUUCUCCGACCCCACCUUUCUCGAAGGAUACACCAAUGUCCACGGAGGGAUUCGGAUGGGGAAAAUCAUGGAACACCUCGACUCGCUUGCAGGGUCAAUCUCGUACAAACAUGUCCUAGGGCCCGACGUACAAAGUCUGGGAUCUAUCCAGGAUGUGGGAUUCUACAUGGUGACAGCGUCCGUUGACCGGCUUGACAUGCUCUGUCCUUUGGAGCCCAGCCGCGACGUGCGAAUCAGCGGCCAGGUCAUGUACACAGGGAAGUCGUCCAUGGAGAUCGCGGUGAAAGUCGAGACUAUCAGCGGCGGCGCCGAGCAGACGGUUCUCCUAGGACGUUUUUCGAUGGUCUGCCGCGACGCGGUCACCCACAAGGCCCGUACGAUCAAUCCCUUGAUCAUUUCGACACCGGAUGAAGAAGCGCUCCACACCAGAGGAGAAGAAAUCAAGAACGGACGUCGAUCGCAGGCCUUGAAGUCUCUGGCUCGCGUGCCUCCUAGCUCCGACGAGGCUGAGCUCUUGCACGCCUUCAUGCUGAAGUACGGGCAAGAUCUGAGUCAGGGAUCGCACGAACGGGUCUGGAUGGGAGACACUAAACUCGACCGGUGUAUGUUGAUGUUUCCGCAAGAGAGAAAGUGGGUAUCCCGCUUCUUCCCUGUGCGCGGGCUUCACAUGUCCAUUCUAGCGUCCACCAGAAGAUCUUUGGUGGAUAUCUCAUGCGUCUCGGAUAUGAGCUCGGGUUCUCCAACGCGAGCAUGUUCUUCCGCGGCGGGCAUAUCCGUUUCCUUUCGUUGGAUGGCAUCUCGUUCUCAGAACCUGUUCCCAUUGGAUCCAUCUUGCGCCUUUCCUCGUAUGUUCUCCACUCGACAUCGACUGAAGGAUUGCACCCCACAGUCCACGUGGCUGUUACCGCAAAUGUCGUGGACGUAGAGACUGGCCAAGAGCGGACGACGAACGAGUUUCGGUUCACGUGGUGUCGGGAUGAUGAGCGUGCGAGCAUUGGCGCUGCGCGAAUAGUGGUGCCGAAAACGUAUAAAGAGGCGAUGCUUUGGUUGGAGGGCAAGCGUGCUUUAGAAAUCGGAGAUGAGAUGCGAGGAAUGCGGACCAGGAUCCUAAUCUAGAGCCUUUAUAUCCCGGGUUUCUUUGGUAGAAGUAUUCACUAAUGUCGCAGGUGGUAAUUAGAAACAGAUCCACUAACGCUCCG